CUCACUCUUCAAUUCAAACACCUUCUCCUAAUCCUCCUCUUAUUCAAGCUUCUUCUACUUUCUCUAGAGAGAGAGAGAAGCAAUCAAAAACACUCACUAACAAUGCAGCAAAAGAUUGUGGUGAAGGUGAGCAUGGACGGGGACAAGAAAACCCGUAAAGCUCUGAAGAUCGCGGUUAGUAUAUCCGGAGUUGUAUCCGCGUCUUUCGUUGGUUCAGAUAAAGACCAGAUAGCGGUGACGGGUGAAGGUAUAGACUCGGUUGAACUAACAACCUUACUAAGAAAAAAGGUUGGAUACACGGAGCUGGUAAGCGUUGGUCCGGUGGAAGCGAAGAAAGACGAACCCAAGGAAUCGAAGCCCGCCGUGCAAAUUGAUCCUUAUCAGUACUACUAUCAAAGCUAUGGCGGCGUGCCUUAUUAUUAUGAUUAUGUAUAUUAGAAUUGAGGUCUCAUAAAUUGAAAACAGAGUUGCAGAGGUUGUUAAAAUAGUGAACAAAAAUAUGUGGUAUCAAGAUAAUUGUCCCCUUUUUCUCAUGUUAAGAUUGUAUCUGUUAGUUCUCUCAGUUUUGUUGUGAUGCAAAAUUGUAUGUUUUGAUGGGAGAAAAUCAAAUAAAACUAAACAUUUUUAAGUUAA